UAAGUGUAAUAAGCGCCUAUGAUACCUACCUCUAUUUUUUUGGUAUUUAUUGGUGAUAAACUGAUAAGAGAAUAGAUACCUACUUCGUUUGAUGAAUAACAUUAAGGCCAUAUAAGGACCACUUUUAAGUUUUAAUUACGCGACUAGUGUGACAUAACCAUGUUGGCGCCAAGGUUAUUUAGUUUUAGAUUUAUUUUAAACUCUCAAACUUUGCGAUUAUUAACGACGCAAGCGCAGUCUGGAAAUGUUAACUCUGAUAACCCUGUGGUGUUUGAAAAGCUGACGGGCGCAGACUGUGGUAUAGCUCUUUAUGGUCUCAACAAAGCCAAGGACAGAAAUGCUCUCGGUUUCGAUCUGAUCAAGGCAAUGAAAGAAGUCCAUCAAAUACUAAGAGAAGACACCAAGAUAUCUGUGGUUAUACUGCACAGCCUUGUACCUGGUAUCUUUUGUGCUGGGGCAAAUCUAAAAGAGCGGUUGAAAAUGUCCGACGAGGAAGUGGCAAGUUUCGUCCGCGGGUUGAGAGAGACGCUCACCGAAGUGGAGGACCUGCCGAUGCCAACGAUUGCGGCCCUGGACGGUGUGGCGGUGGGCGGCGGGUUGGAGUUGGCGCUGGCGUGCGACCUGCGCGUGGCGGCGGCGGACGCGCGCCUCGGCCUCGUCGAGACCAGCCGCGGCCUGCUGCCCGGCGCCGGCGGCACGCAACGCCUGCCCAGACUCGUGCACCUCAACAUUGCCAAGGAGCUUAUUUUUACAUCCAGAAUUAUCACUGGAGAGGAAGCUAAGCAACUAGGAGUAGUAAAUCAUGUGGUGCCACAGAAUACCUCGAAUAAUGCUGCUUUUGGAAAGGCACUCAGCUUGGCAAGAGAGAUUACUUGUAACGCACCAGUGGCACUGCGGUGCGCCAAGCAGGCCAUCAAUGAGGGUGUGCAGCUAAGCAUCAAGGAGGGCUAUGAGGUCGAGCAGCUGUACUACGAACGCAAUAUCCCCACCCGGGACCGCACUGAGGGGAUGCUCUCAUUCAUUGAAAAAAGGAAACCUGUGUAUGAAGGUUGCUGAACUAUGAACCUAAGCAAUUGGAUCAUCAUUCAAAUGUUCAUAUUUUAUUAUUAUUAAUACUUUUUUUUUGUUACAUACUAUUCCGGUUCAAGAGAUAUAAUUGCUAUACUUUGAUACUCAUAUUGAAGAUUUUUACUUUGUUUGAUAUUUUAUAAUGUUGGCAUAUAAAUAUAUUGUU